AUGGCUGCCGGAAAUCAUGGCUCCUUCAAGUCCUCCACGACUGCAACAACACCGCGUGACAAGGCCACCAUGAACGGCUCCAUCCACGGCGGCCAGUCCGGCAGGUCGUCGCGAUCCAGACGAAAGCCCAGCAGAACCUACACCGGCUGGGUCGCCGACAAGAUAACGAAAGUCGUCGUCUGGUACCUGAUCAUCACCUUCGCGUUUCGUUGUCCCGCAUCCCAGAAGGAACUCAAGGAUAGCUCACCGAGAAUAUGCAAACCGUACCUCCAGAGCAAAGACUACGCCACGCCGUACCUGCAACCGUAUUACGACCAGUACCUCUCCCCCUACGUGCAGCAUGCUCAGCCAUACGUCGACCGCUUCAAUGAACACGUCUACAAGCCUGGCUACAACGUAUACCAGCAAUAUGGCGCUCCCAGAAUCGCCGAUGCUCAAGUGUUUGGUGCAAACCAAUGGGAGAAGACGAUCCGCCCCCAGCUGCUCGUGUUGCAGAAGCAGUCGGGCAAGCAGUAUCAGGCACACCUCGCUCCACACGUCAAAAAGGUGCAGAAUGUCGUCCAGCCAUACUAUGACUCGGUAGCCACAUCUGCCAGCGAUCUCUGGGAACUAGAGCUGGGACCGGCCUACCGUAAGACGAGACCGUAUGCGGAGAAGGUUUAUCUUCAAGGGCACGAGUUCGCGGUCAACACUGCGCUUCCGCAAGCUCAAUACGUGGGAGGCGCCGCAUGGAGCUUCUGGACACGUCAGAUUUGGCCGAGAGUGCGCGUUCUGUACGGCGAGAACGUCGAGCCUCAGCUCAUGCGCAUCACCGAGCGUUUGGGUCGAUACAAGGAUGGAAAGAAGCUCGAGGCCGAGAUUAAGAGCUUCGAGAGCGCUUCCAAACUUGCAGAGGCUUCUUUCAGCGCCAGCUCUGCCGCAUCCUCGAUCUCUUCAACCGUGAAGGAGGCCACCGCAAGCCCGUCGUCUGCUGCCAGCCAAGCCGCUACCGAGCCAGAGUCGACUUCUGAUCCAAAGGAGCGAUUCCGCGAAGACCUGAAGAGCUGGGAACAUGUCUGUGCCAAGGCUGUUGAGGAAGGCGCAGAGGACCUGAAAGAGCGUGUCACGGAGAUCACCGACCGCCAGAUCAGCAAUGCGGAGGGCACCGGCAAUGCUUUGGUCACGCAGCUCGACCAGACCGUCGAGGGCGUAGUCAACAGCGUCAAGGCUCGCGUUUUGCAGAUCGUAGGUCAAAUGCCUGAGGAUGCAACGACGGAACAGAUUGAGACUGCUAAUGAGGACCUGGUCCUCGCUAUUCGCAACGCUGGUCAGAAUGUCAAGCACCGCGCACAGGCUGUUCGUGAAUGGCGACAAAGCGCAGUUCAUGAGACGGGAGAUCUUGUGGGAAAGGCUCUACAGUCUACUCUCGAGACGAUCGACAGCAUCCGCGAGCUCCGUCUUACCGAAAUUGGCCGCAAGUAUGCACAUUCAUCUCUUCCGCAUAAGGAAUGGAGCAGAUACAACGACAUCAAAAAGGCUACACAGACGUGGCGAAAUGAUGUCGAGAAAGCUGCCCAUGCCCACGAGGGAAUCCGCAAUACUCACACCGCCUUUGACGACAUCGAGCACAUUGCUAUGAGCAUCGCCGAGGAUGCUGCCAAGGAACUUGGUCGAUUGAAGCAGGUCGGCAAGUGGAAGAUUGCCGCACAGGAUGAUAGCGACGACUUUACGACGAAGACCGUUCCGCCACCUGUCAAGAAGGCCAAAGACCAGGUCGUUGAGAAGGUUGCUGAGGCGUCACGGGCUAUUUUCGACGAGGAGCCAGAGCAGGGAGGCGUCGAAAGUGCCACAUCGGUCGCUGCUGAGAAAGCUUCUCAGGCUGCGUCCAGCAUCUCCGAGGCUGUCGUGGGAUCUUCUACCGGAUCUGUCAAAAGCGCAGCCAGCGAGGCAUCAAAAAGGAUCGUUGGUUCAGACUCGCCAGCUAGCAAGGCCUCCAAAUCUGCGAAGAGCAUUGCAUCAGCUGCUUCGAGCUCAGUCAUUGGCAGUGAGCCCGGCCUGUCGGACACUGCUACCAUGAUCGCAUCUUCGGCAUCUUCAGCAAUCAUUGGCUCGGACUCGCCGGCGAGCAGAGCUUCUAAGUCCGCAGAAAGCGUAGCUUCUGCCGCAUCCAAAGUGGUCGCUGGUAGCGAGUCUAACAUCUACGACACGGCUACAGACGCCGCAUCUUCAGUAUCUUCUGUGGCCGCGUCCGCUUCCUCCCAUGUUGCGGAUGAGCCAAUGACGAAGAGCGCUGGAUCCAAGCUUUCUAGCAUCCUUUCCGCACAAAAGUCAAACGUUGACUCAGCAAGUAAAAGUGCCGGCAGCGUCGCUAGCGAAGCCUCGAAGAGUGGUUCAUCUGUUGUCGAAAGCUUGACCGGACCCUCAAAAUCGACUGACAAGAUCUCCAAGAGCGCAUCGUCGGCUGCCAGCAAGGUCUCCUCGCAAGUAUCUUCAGCGGCCAGUGCCGCUUCAGGAGCCAUUCCAGAUGCUGAAGCUGUUGCUCAGGCUGCCGAGGGAGCCGCUCAUGCCGCCACUGAAAGCUCCAAGAAGGUCUUGGGAGGUGCUAUGGCCCAGGUACUGGUAGAACCUCGAGAGCCCAUCAUGGAAGAGGACAUAAUCGACGCAGCUAAACGAUCGAGCUCCAGGAUCCAAUCCAUGGCCAGCGUUGCGGGCGAUAAAUCAAGUGAGCUCACCAAGGCUGUUCAAGAUGCCAUCAAGGCCGCCACAAAGACUCAGGGUGCGGUCGAGAGUGCUACCAGCGUUGCAUCUGAACAGUAUGAGAGCGCCCUAGCCGCUGCCAGCAGCGUCCUUUUUGGUACCCAAAACGCAGUCGAGAAAGGUAGCUCUGUUGCCAAUGAGCAGUACCUGUCUGCUGUGACGGCCGCAUCGUAUGCAAUCUAUGGUACUCCCGCAACUGCUGCUCCGAUUGCUGCCGCCAGCUCCGCGUAUGACAGCGCGAUGACUGAGGCAUCAAAGCAAUACGAUGCCGUCAAGUCUCGCAUCUCAGAAAAGAUUUCCGGCACGCCAAAGCCUGUCCACGAGGAGAUGCUCUCGUCGGCAGAGUCAGCUUAUUCUGCUGCCAUUGCUGCGGCCAGUGAUGGGUACAAAUCUGCAUUCCCAACGACAACACAGAAUUUAUACGAGAGCAUUUCAUCGGUCGCAGCUUCUCGACUUUCUGAAGGUGUCAGCGCUGCUUCUGACCAGUACAAGAGCGCAAAGAAAGCUGUGGGCGCGGAGCCUACUCCUGUCCAUCAGCAAUACCUUGCAUCUGCGCAGAAGGCUUACUACGAAGCACUUGGUGUUGCUCAUGGUCGCUAUUCGGAGUUUCUUGAUGCAGCAUCAAGCGUCGUCGGUGCUACGCCUUCUCCAAAGUCACCCUCCGAUCAACUCUACCAUGCCAUGUCUGGGGCUCGCGACGGUUAUAGCUCCUAUCUUGAUGAUGCCAGAUCACGUUACAGCCAAAUGGUCAGUAUCGCAAGCGACGCAGCCAAGGCUCAGGGUCACAAGAGCAUUCCUAGCGAUGCCCUCGAGAACUUGCAGGGCCAAAUGGCUGACGCAUCUUCAAUUGCCAUCUCUCGACUUGCUGCAGCAUCUUCAGAAGUCAGCGCGGCUGUCUACGGCACACCUGCGCCCGUGACCGAAUCGCUCGCAAGCCGUGCAAGUGAGAAUUGGGAGUCGUUGGUCUCGAAGGCCAGCGAACAAGUGUACGGUCCGCCUCCACCCUUCACUGAUGUUGCAGUCAGCCGUGCAAAUGGGUUCGUAGCACAAGCCAAUGAGGCUGCUUCUACUCAAUGGGAUGCUGUGCAAAGCAUCUUCUCUGAGCUUGUGGUUGGCAAGGAGCCUAGCUUCACCGAGAGCGUCUACAGCCGACUACAGUCUGCCUACUCGACCGGCGCUCCAGCCAUGAUGUCCCGGGCAUCCAGCUACGCAAGCAACGCCUACGAAUCGGCGACAUCUGUCGUGUCCGCGGUGUUUGUGCCUCCAACUCAAGUCCCUGGAAUCGUCGAGCAGAUGCAAGAACAGAUCAAUGCUGCGGUAGAUGCCGCUAGUACCCAAGUAUACGGGACAUCAAAGGGCACUGUUGAGGUAAGUUUCUUCUCAAGCCUUUGUAAUUGUGUGAAUCACUGCUAACAAUGUCGCAGCAGGCAACCGAAGCGGCCGCAUCCAUGUACAGCGACGCCGCUUCAAAGGCAAGCGAGGCCGUUUACGGCCGGGAGACGAACUAUCUCGUAGCCGCCCGGUCGAAUGUAGCAGACAUCGUUGCCUCCGCUUCAAGCGCUAUCCACGGCGCCAUUUACGGCUCGCCAACCGGAACUGCAGAGGCCGCCUCCAGCGCUGCUGCAUCAGUCUAUAGCUCGAUUGCAAGCCAGGCAUCUCAGCAAGCUUCUGCUGCUUCUUCGGCAGUGAGCAGUGCUAUUUAUGGUGAGGAGCAGACCUACCUCGAGGGAGUGCAGAGCCAGCUCUCCGUCGCCAUGGCGAGCGCCCAGAGCAGACUUGAAGAGAUAGCAGUUCAGGCUAGCAAAGGCGCUGCCGAUGCGUACACCAGCGCCGGUUCAGCUGCGUCUCAGGCGGCGAGCAGCAUCGUUUCUGCUGCUAGCACGGCCACCGAAAGGGCGAGGGACGAACUAUAA